UGCCACCGUGGUGUGCCCAUGGAGGAUUUUUGAGCUGCUGCCAGUUCUAAUUAUCUUCAUGUUCUGUGAAUUUAAAGUUGUGGCAGCAGUGCCUGAAGAUAUGACAACAAGCUUUGAUCCUAGUGAGCCAUCAUUAGAAUCGCUGAUAUGUGUGGUUGCCAUUGUACUGCUUACCAUUUUCUUAUUUCUUUGGAGAGGAUACCGAUCAAUUCAAAGCCGACUUUAUUUGAGUAAAGAGAAUAGACUGGCUGUGGAACUUGCAAUGGAAAUCAAAAAGAAAUGUGAUCUAAUUGACAAAGUGUGCCUUGCUCAAGAGGAGUAUGAAGGCUUAGAGUCAUCCUUAAAGGAGGACAACUUUGACAAGGCAUCAACAGAAGUACAGAGUUUGAAGUAUAAAAAUCUAGAAAGAGAUAAAUCUAAACUUGAAGAAGAAAUAUUACUUAUAGAGAAGAAACUAGAAGAAGAGAGAGCUAAACAUUAUGAAGAAGAGGAAUUGAUGAGUGACCUUUCAAAAAUGAUGCAGUCUCUAGCAGAUGAAUCACAGUCUGUCAAAUCACAGCUAGCUGAAGCCAAAACCACACUAAGAAUAUUUGAAAUAAAUAAAGAACGACUUAAAGGAGUAAUAACAGAUACCUUGAAUGAAAAUUAUCAACUUCAGGAAAGCGUGCAUCAGUAUUUAGAAGAAGCUAAAAUCAUGAAAGAACAAAUGAAUCAACUCAAUAAACAGAAAAUAGCAAUCGAAGUAUCCAACGUACAGGCAGAGCAACUCCUAAAAGUUAAGGAAAAUCAGAUCAAGUCUCUGAUGGAGAGCCUGCUAAGGAUGAAAGACUGGAAUUCUGUGCUUGGGGAAGAUGUAACUGAUGAUGGUAAUCUGGAUGUAGAAGUGAACAAUGACUUAGAGAAUAACUGCACUGUCUAUUUUCCUGAGUGUAAUCAGCCUAAGGGAGCUUUGAGGAAGCUAAUAUAUGCUACUGAGUUAAGUGCUUCGUUAAAAUCCCUAGAAGGAGACAGAAACCAAAUUUAUACUCAGUUAUCUGAAAUAGAUGCAACAAAUGAUGAUCUUACAGAGCAUAUGCAAAGUCUCAAGUCUGAACAAGUGUCUCUGCAGUCAGGUAAUACACUACUUGAAAUCGAGAAACAGAAGCUUCAAAGGAAAAUCACAGUGAUGAGGGAGCUGUACCAAGACAAUGAAAGGAUGCUUCACAGAUGAGAGGUGAAAAUAACAGUGGAGGAAAAAUGUAGAUUGGAGAAAGAGGAAGAACUUUUCAAAUUGAACAAGAGAACCAGCCAUGUGAACAAGGAACUAGAGACCUAUAGACGGCGUGCCAAAGAUAUCGAAGAAGAAUUGGAGAGAACAAUUUGCUCCUAUCAAGGGCAGGUUAUUGCUCAUGAACAAAGGGCACAUGACUAUUGGCUGGAAGCUCAUGCUUUGGAAAGAAACAUCAAUGAAUUAAAGAGAAAAAAUGCUCUGAUG